GAAAAACUUUUAUGUAAAAUUUUGGAACGGGAGGAGCGUGUUCUUAUUCGUCAUCUUCUUUCUCUCUAUAUAGCUUUAUUACCCGGCCUCUCUGUCAGUCACCAGCUGCAAAUGCUAGUAGGCGUCUUUACCUCCUAGCCAGUCGUCCUGGGCAGGCUAGAAGUACUAGGAGGGAGAGAGAGUGGGAGCACAGCAGCAUCACUGCUAGUGCCAUUUGGCUCGGCGCCUCCUUUCUCCGGUCCGGUCCGGUCCCUCCCUCCCUUUGCUUCAGAGCCCAGCCACCUCCUCCAGUCCGGUUCAGGCAUUCAGCCUGGGCGGCGGCGGCGGCGGCGGGCCGUCUUCCACUCUUCCUCCUCCUUCCAGUUCCAUUAACAAAUUGCUUGCCUGCCUGCCUGCCCCCAAACAAGCCUUGCUUGCAGCCUUGUCCCUGCUCCCCUACUCUUUUCCAUCACAUCGCAGUCUCUGUGGACGGAAAGACAAACAGUGCCUUGCUUGUCUCUACCUCUCCUGGCUCCUACCUUAGCCUCACCUGGCGGUGAAGAACAGGAACUGAGCGAUAGCCAUUGGUUGGAGGUUGGCCUGCCGGUGCCGGCCUGCAUGACUGCUCUCCCUGACCGGCUGGCCCUGACGAAGGGGAACAAUGAGGGAUGGCGGCGGCGGCGGCGGCAGCAGCAAGACGAGCAAGCUGUCGUGGUCCAAAAGCCUCGUGAGGAAGUGGUUCAACAUCAGGGGCAAGUCCCAGGACUUCCAUGCCGAUGCUGCAGCAGUUGGAACUGGGAGUGUGAGGUCAGGUCGAGGGGAUGGAGAUUGGAUGGAUGGCAGCUUCACUAGGAGGGACUCCUACGGCGCCAAGAAGAGCAGAACAGAGAGGGCGUCGCGGAGGAGCCACGAGCGGUCGCGGCGCAGCAAGAUCGACCUCGAUGCCGCCGAGGCCACCGUCAUGCUCGACUACAGGAUCUUUGCUGCUACGUGGAAUGUAGGUGGCCGCGCGCCGCCGGGCUCGCUCAGCCUCGACGACUGGCUCCGCACCUCGCCGCCGGCCGACAUCUACGUCCUCGGGUUCCAAGAAAUCGUCCCGUUGAACGCCGGGAACGUCCUCGGCGCCGAGGACAACGGCCCCGCGAGGAAGUGGGUGUCGCUGGUCAGGCGGACGCUGAACAGCCUGCCGGGAAGUAGCGGCAGCGGGAGCCUGCAGACGCCGUCGCCGGCGCCGUACCUGGUGGCGGAGAUGGACGCGGACUUCGAGCGGUCGACAACGCAAAACAACCCGUCCUUCUUCCACCGGCGGUCGUUCCACUCUGGGCUCAGCCGGAGCAUGCGGGUGGACGGCGACCUCCUCGCCGGCCCUGGCCCCGGCCCCGCCAGGCUCGAGCGCCGGUACAGCGUCAACGACCGCGUCAUGUACGGUAGCAGGCCCAGCGACUACGAGGCCAACUGCCAGUGGGGCGCCGGUCAGUUGGUCGAUGAGGACGACGGUGGCGGCGGCGAGUCCCCGGUCACGGUGUUCUCUCCGAUGUCCCACGGAUAUGGAAAUGCUCCUCCGCCUAUGGAAGAAUGCAACGGGUCAGCCCGUGGCCUUGCUAGGUACUGCCUGGUUGCGAGCAAGCAGAUGGUUGGACUGUUCCUGAUGAUCUGGGCUCGGAAAGAGAUGAAGAACGACAUUAGGAAUCUGAAGGUGUCCUGCGUUGGGAGGGGAUUAAUGGGCUACCUUGGAAAUAAGGGCUCAAUCUCCAUCAGCAUGGCUUUGCACCAAACGAGCUUCUGCUUCGUCUGCAGCCACCUGACAUCUGGUCAGAAGGACGGCGACGAGCACCGCAGGAACUCCGAUGUUUUGGAGAUCCUAAAGAAGACCAGAUUCCCUAGGGUUUGCGGACAGUACGAGAGAUCGCCGGAGACCAUCCUGGAGCACGAUCGGAUAAUCUGGCUCGGGGAUCUCAAUUACCGGAUCGCGCUGUCCUACCGAUCGGUGAAAGCGCUCGUGGAGAUGCGUAACUGGAAAGCGUUGCUGGAAAAAGACCAGCUAACGAGGGAGCAGAGAGGUGGGCGCGUGUUUCCUGGCUGGAACGAGGGGAGGAUCUACUUCCCACCGACCUAUAAAUACUCCAACAACUCCGACAAAUACGCGGGAGAAGACAUGAACCAGAAGGAGAAGAAGCGGACUCCAGCAUGGUGCGACCGCAUCUUGUGGUACGGGAGGGGGCUCAGCCAGCUCUCCUACGUCCGAGGAGAGUCGCGCUUCUCGGACCACAGACCUGUCUACAGCAUGUUCAUUGCCGAGGUGGAGUCGAUCAACCACAGCCAGAUCCAGAAGAUGAGUUCUUGGAGCUCCCAGCUGGACAUAGAGGAACUGCUGCCGUACUCGUAUGGGUACACGGAGAUCGAUCACUAUGGGUACACAGACCUCAAUUUCUACUGAGAAACGGGCAGAGGAACUCGCAUGCUGCUGAGCUCUAAUAGAUGCCUCUAGUUACUGCGACUUGGAAAAGGUGUUUGCCAGCAUGCAUGCAGUUGAGGACAGAGCUCGACGAUACCGGCGCACUGCGUUUUCGAAGUCUAAUGGCUCUUAGCAGCUUGUUAUAUAGACAGCAGCACUUAGUUUGGGUUCAGGAAAGCAAAUCUGGAACUUCAGCGUUGCAGUUUUCUGAAUGUUCAGAUUGGCUAUCAGAGACUUUACAUAUGCCCAGCAGUCAAUGUACAAAACCCGGCCGCAUCUGCGGUGACAUGAGAUGAGCCACUGGAUGCUCUCUUUUGCAGGUGUCCAUCCAGUGUUAGCCAGCAGCAUAGAGAUUUAGGAAUAGUUGGAAGGUAGUGAGUGGAUGCUUUAUUUGAAUGGCUCUUCAAGGGAAACAGAGAAACAAAAAUCACAUGACAAAUGUCAAUUUUGGGAUUUUUUUUUCCUCCCUCUCUACAGGUGUACACUCCAGAGCCAUUUUUCCUUUAAUUUUGAAUGGCUGAUGUUCGUUUGCUACA